AUGGAAAAUAAAAGUAGUGAUUCGGAAGUUGACACUAUUAAAAUGGAACCUAAAACUACUUUAAAAGCAAGGGAUCCUUUGCAACAUACCAGCAUGUAUCAAAGAAACGAAGAAGACAGUGAGGAUAGUGAUGGUGAAGGAGGCCUUGGAAACGUUUCAAGGGCAGUUAUAAGGCCUGUGGGUCACAGUGGAAAAGCUAAAAGGGGUCAUCUUUGUUUUGAUGCAGCUUUUGAAACAGGUAAUCUGGGAAGAGUUGAUCUGGUGGCAGAAUUUGAAUAUGAUUUGUACGUGCGACCAGACACUUGCAGUCCAAGGUUUCGGUUCUGGUUUAAUUUUACAGUGGAUAAUGUUAGACAAGAUCAACGUGUUAUUUUUAACAUAGUGAAUAUCAGUAAUAGAAAAAAUUUGUUUCGAGAUGGCAUGACACCUUUGGUUAAAUCUACAUCCAGACCAAAAUGGCAACGCAUUCCACCUGGUAGUGUGUUCUACUCAGGAAAAACUGCUGUCUCACUGGCAUUUGCUUUUGAUAAGGAAGAUGAAAUGUUUCAAUUUGCUGCUGGACCUCCAUAUAGCUAUUCUAGGUAUUUAGGAUCACUAGAGUUGAAGGCACCACCCGAUAUUAUGAAAAGAACCUGUAUUGCUAAGAGUGUGCAAAAUCGUGAUGUAGAUAUGAUUGAAAUAGGAGAAAACAAAGCUCUAAGUAGUGAUCAAAAACAACGUGUAGUUGUGGUAUUAGCAAGAACCCAUGCAGGAGAAUCACCUUCGUCUUUUGUUGUUCAAGGAAUGUUGGAGUUUUUAAUUUCUACUCAUCCAAUAGCGCGCUGUAUUAGAGACAAUAUUAAAUUUAUCAUAAUACCAAUGAUGAAUCCUGAUGGUGUGUUUUUAGGCAAUCAAAGAACUAAUUUAAUAGGCUUGGAUUUAAAUCGAACUUGGCACACAGCUGGUCGUUUUACACAUCCUAGUACAUAUGCAGUGACUGAAAUGCUGAAAAACAUUGAAAAUGAGAAUACAAAACUGGAUUUUGUUUUAGAUCUGCAUGCGCAUCCAGGAAGAUUAGGAACGUUUGUUUAUGGAAAUGCUUACGAGGACGUAUACAGAUUUGAGAGGCAUCUUGUUUUUGCUAAAUGUGGCAGAAGAAAAAUGGCGGAUUAUGCAGCUGAAAAUACAAUGUAUAACGCAGGUGACUCUCACAAACAAGGUACUGCCAGAAGGUUUCUGUGUUCAAUUUUACCAGAUCAUGUAAACAUUUACACAGUUCAUGUAUCUAUGUAUGGAUUUAAACCUGAGGGGUUUAAGAAACCCAUACCAUAUACUGAAGAAGAUUGGUUGAUGCCAAGUCUUAAAGAUACCAUACUGGAUGUAGCAAAUGCAAAGAACCAAAGAAAAUCGAGAUCGCGAAGGAAAAUUUCGAGUCGACGAGAGAAAAGCGAAAUGUUAUCACCAAAAGCACCACGUAGUCAGGCACCAUUGCACAAGCAUAAUCUUCUGGAUAUGUUGAUUAAUACAAGUCAAUCUUCAGAUGAACCUUUGUCACCAACCAGAAUGCAAUCUCAAGCUUGGUCCUCUGAUAAAAGAUUAAUCAAAAGUUUCAAAAGAACAACCACUUGUGCAGGGACAAAUAAUAAUAUGUUAGGUGGUCUUCAUUCAUCUACGAAGACAGAUUUGAUUAAUGCAACUCAAGAGUGCAAAUCUGCAAAACAAAUUAUAAAUAUCAAUGCAAAACCUACAUUGUCUGUUAUUAAUGUUAAUCAAUUGACAAAGGGUGGACUAGAUAAAGCACGGAAACGAAUAUCCUAG